UUUAAAAGCUGAACGCUCAAGUUCCAUCAUGCCUCUGUGAAGAGGUGGUGUAAGCACAUUCAUUGUUAUUUGUUUAAGAAGAGAAGGGGGGACGAUCUAUAGAAUAAAAAAAAAAAAAAAAAAAAAAAGAACAACUGAAGCUGGUUCAAGUGCCGCUCGUUGGCUAGCGGGUUGCCAUGGCAACAACAAAAAAGUUUUUUUUUUGACAGGUCCAUUAAAGCCAUGUUAUGCAGAUUCAUAGUAUAGGUAAAUGACGUGGACUGCUUGUAAAUUAAAUCCCCGUUCGAUAUUAAAGCUUUGCCUUGAAAAAAAAAAGUGAGAGUCUUUACACUUCUCUCACAAUUACCAAUAUCGAUGUCUGUCACUUUACAUACUGAUCUCGGUGAUCUUAAAAUUGAAGUCUUUUGUGAAUCUGUGCCAAAAACAGCAGAGAACUUUCUUGCUUUAUGUGCAAGUGGCUAUUACGAUAACAAUUUAUUCCAUCGAAAUAUUCCUGGAUUCAUGUUACAGACAGGUGAUCCCACUGGUACAGGAAAAGGAGGAAAUUCUAUUUGGGGCAGAAAGUUUAACGAUGAGAUCCGAUCUGUUUUAAAGCAUAAUGCACGUGGUAUAGUGUCUAUGGCUAAUUCAGGACCCAACACAAAUGGCUCGCAAUUCUUCAUCACAUACGGAAAACAUCCUCAUUUGGACACAAAAUAUACGGUAUUUGGAAAGGUAAUUGAUGGAGCUGACACGACUUUGGAUGCUUUCGAAAAGAUUCCAAUUGAUGAAAAAAAUAGACCACUUCAAGAACUUCGUAUUAAAUCAAUCACAAUUCAUGCGAAUCCUAUUGCAGAUAAGCAGGCAUAGGAAUUUUGAAGGAGUGAAGAAUAAAAAAAGUUACUAAGAGAAGGAUUGCUUUAUGAAAAUGUUGUGUUGUUUUUACAAGAAUAUUAAAAAAAAAAAAAAAGGAAGGCCUAGAAUGUAGACCAUUGCCAAUCAGCAGGAACAGAAGGAACUGGAUUAAAGGCCGCUAAGAAACAAAUACAAAUUAAUG